CAGUUUUGAUAAGAAAGAUUGUAUGCAUUUAAUAAAGAAAUUUUAUGGUAAAUAUAUAUUAAUUAAAAUAAGAAUAGCUAUUUAUUUGCAUUAGUAUAAGUAUAAUAAAUAAACAUUUUAGAGUUAAGAUUUAUUUAGAUAUGUCUAAAAGGAUUACAAGAUCUGCUCACGUAGAUUUACUAGAGAAUAUUAAAGCUGAUUUACCUUCAAAGUAGCUGAAGAAAUAAGAUGAAAAGAAAUAAACUAAUAGUAAAACUAGAUAAAAAGAUGAGAAUGUCAUUUAAGAUGAUUAGGAUUAAACUUAAUCUUUGAGUGAACAAAAUAUAGAUUAAAAAAAUAAAGCUAAAAAGGGUAAAGAGACAAAAGAAGAAAAAGAGAAAAGAAUAAAAUAAGAAUAGGAAGAGAAAAGGAAAAAAGAAGAAGAGGAAGAAAAAAGGAAAGAGGAGGAGGAGAAGAGUUUUAUCGAUGAUUUUAAAAGAAAAAAUAACCUAAUCAAUACAAAAGAUCAUAAAGAAAGAAUUGAAACAUAUUAGAAUAAACUUUAUUCAGAUAAAAAAAAGCAAAAGAAGGGCAAUGUAUAAGAUGAACAAGAAGAAGAAGAAGUUAUUGAUCUUGCAGAAAAUAAAGUCAAAGGAAAAGUUGGAUUGAUAAAUUUAGGAAACACUUGCUUUAUGAAUUCUGCACUUUAAUGUUUAAGCAACUUAUAACCAUUGACCGAUUAUUGUUUGCAGAAUAAGGAAGAUAAUGAAAUUAAUAUUUAAAAUCCUAUGGGUUCUGGAGGUGUUGUAAUAAAAGCAUUUGCAAAUCUUGUGAGACAAAUAUGGAAUUAAAAAGAAGAUUCAGUCAGUCCUGAUGAAUUCUUAAGAGUUAUUUCUUAUUUCAAUAAAAUAUAUUCUUCAGGUAGAUAACAAGACUCUUAGGAGUUUUUACUUUAUUUGCUCGAUCAAAUUCAUGAGGAUUUAAACAGAGUUGAAAAGAAACCAUAUGUUGAACAAAAAGAAUAUUUUAAAAACUUAAAUCAGAAAGAAUUAGAAAAGUUAGCAGCUGAUUCUUGGGGAGAUUAUUUAAAAAGAAAUAAGAGUGUCAUAGUAGAUUUAUUUUAAGGAUAACUCAAAAAUACACUAAAAUGCUUAAAAUGUAAAACAGCUAAGUAUUAAUUUGAACCUUUUAUGUAUCUGACAGUACCCAUUCCUUAAAAAGCUGAAAAUGAAAUAAACAUUUAAGAUUGUAUUGAAUAAUUCACAGAAAAAGAAAUACUGGAUGGAGAUGAAAAAUGGUUCUGCCCUGAAUGUAAAGAUUUCUAAAAGUCUGAAAAGAAAAUAGAUUUGUGGAAAUUACCUCCUAUUUUAAUGAUCUGUAUGAAGAGAUUUUAAUAUACUGCUUAAUCAAAGAAAAAAAUAACUACUAAAGUUUAAUUCCCUGUUCAACAUUUUGAUAUGAGCGAAUUUAUUCCAAAGACUUUAUAAAAAGAAAAACCCAUAUAUGAUUUAUUUUCAGUAAUAUCUCAUAAAGGUUAUUUAAAUUUUGGGCAUUACGUUGCCUACUGUAAAAACUAAGAGGAUAAGCAAUGGUAUUUAUUUAAUGAUAGCAAAACUUCAUUAAUAUAAGAUCCUGAAGAAAAUAUUCCUAAGAAAGAAGCAUAUGUUCUUUUUUAUUAAAAAUCAACUCUCCAACUUAUUAAAAGAUAAACAUUAGUUGAAAGUGUAAAUUGGCCUCAUAAAGUUUGAUUUAAAAAAUAUAUUAAUUAAUAAUUAUUAAAUUAUCAUUGAUUUACUCUAUAAUUUUUAUGUAACUUGCAUUAUUAUACUCAAUUGAUUAUCCGCUUUCUCUACUUUUAAAUAACAGAAUUUAAU